CAGUGGUCCAUCGAGCUCCAAGCCCGCGCCAUCUUCGUUUUGAACAAAGGCAGAACAGUUGUGCUGUAGUGCAAGUUCUCUCGCAGUUUCCUCAGAAAACAUGAGUACCAAGGAAAAUAACUCCGAAGUCGCCGUUGACAAAGUCACGGAAAACAAUGACAAGCCCGCGGGUGACGCCAAGGCCGAAGUAAAGGGAACCAAGAGGCCAGCAGAAGAUAAGACAGAAGACCCUAAGAAACAUAAGAAGGAAGAAAACGGAGAUGACGAGGAGGAAAUUGAAGAGGAUGAAGACGUAGAAGGAGAAGAGGAGGAUGAGGAAGAUGAGCUACAAGGAGAGGAAGACGACCUAGACGAGGCAGAAGAAGAGGAAGAGGAGGAAGAUGAUGGUGAAGGUGAAGGAGAGGGUGAAGACGAUGAAGGAGCGUAAUGUGUGAUCAAAAAGAGACACUGACUUUUCAGACUGGAAAAGUGACAUGCUACUUACCUUCCCCAGAGCAAGCCUGAAGCUACGGAGUGGCUGCAGACACCGCUGUUCUUCCCAUUUUAUUACUCAGUUGUGAUGUUGGAGUGUGGAGUGAAAGAGUGAAUGCGUGAGAUUAUGUGUGAGUGAGUGUCGCGCUACACAUCUUCAGCCAAUCCACUUCCUAUCUUCAGGUUUUAUGGUGCCCAAUCGUGGAAGGGAAGGGGAGGUAUUUUAAAAUAAUUUAAAUUGACAAAUGAAUUAUUUUAUUUAAACCACUUGUAGAAACUGAUUAUGUGGACUUCAUUUUGGUUUCCUUAUUUUAAUUGUGAAUUCCCAUCCCUGGAAUGAAUCCUCAAAUAAGUUAUAAGAUCUACAAUGCAGCAGUUUACCAUUCUAGAUAGCUCACGUGAAUUAACUGUCUGUCAUGUACGUGGUGAGGAAUAAUUUGUUAUUUUUUUAUUUUUGUACAAGUUCAGUUGCGGUCAUCUGCAGUGCAUUUUUAGGUUGUAUUUAUCUAUUUGUAUCAUAUUGUAAGACAAGCAUAACUUGUUUGAAUUGAAACUAUUUGUACAAAUACUUGGAAAGGACAACCUUUAAUGAAAUGAAUUUGAAUCAAGUCAGUCAUUGUACAAGUUUUAAUGCAUGUCGAACUUAAAGGGGCAAUAAUUUAUGUCCACAUUUUAAUGGAAAUCCUCUUUUAUCUUCACUCUCCUUUGGAGGUGGUGAGAUUCAAAUCUGUUACGACUGUAGACACGUGUGUUCAUACCUGUGUGACCAACUUUUAUUUCCUUUUUUUUAAUUUGGUGUUUUAUCUUUUUUUUCUUAUCUUCACAUGUUAGCACUGGCUGGCGUUUUCAUUUUAUACAAUAAAUAUGUGACGCUCUGCUCAUUCCAAGAUUUCAGCCAAUUGUUAAUGCAUUUCCUGAGUCCACAAGUAUAUUGUUGUAUUCAAAUUUUUGGCACUUUUUGAUUGCUUGUGGACCAUGUCUAAACCAAAUGAAUGAGAAAUUGUAGCUCGUACUGUAAUUCCUGGAGUGACUAAAGUGGCUAGAUUUAGUUAAUA